AGCGUGUGACGUAAAUGGGCGGGGCGAAUGGUGGGCAGUGAGGCUCGCUUGUCAACCGAGAAGUUAGAAAAGAAAUUCCUAAAAGAAAAGAAGAUGGCCAGAGGUUGCCGCAGCCUGAGAAAAGUAACUGCAUGCUUAAAACAGCUACCGUCUACAGCCAGUCGGGACAUACAGAGUCGAAGCAGCGUAAGAUACCUGUCGUCAUGUGGGAUCCUGAUGACGCGAGUGCCUCCCCUGCUCGGCGCUGCCAUGCCCGGGCGUUGUGUCGCAUUGCCUGCCCGUAGCUUCUUCAACCUCACUGAUUCCUUGUCCAAGAGGAAGGAGUAUUCCGAGAGACGCAUUAUUGGAUAUUCCAUGCAGGAGAUAUACGAUGUGGUGGCUGGGGUAGAAAACUAUCGCCUCUUUGUUCCCUGGUGUAAAAAGUCUGAUGUGGUGUUCCAGCGAUCUGGUUUCUGCAAGGCCAAAUUAGCCGUGGGCUUUCCUCCCGUCAUGGAGAACUACACCUCGCUUGUCACCACUGUGCGACCCCACCUGGUAAAGGCGUCCUGUUCAGAUGGGAAACUGUUUAACCACUUGGAGACAGUUUGGCGUUUCAGUCCGGGCCUCCCAGGUUACCCUCGGACCUGCACUGUAGAUUUUGCUAUCUCCUUUGAGUUCCGUUCCCUCCUUCACUCCCAGCUGGCUCACGUCUUCUUUGAUGAGGUGGUGAAGCAGAUGGUUUCGGCAUUCGAGCGUCGCGCCUCCAACGUUUACGGCGCUGAGACACCGAUCCCUCGUGAGCUGAUGUUCCACGAGGUUCACCACACAUAGCGUCUCCCCUGCUGCACCAACAGACACACCUGAUGCCAACUUUAGAGCGAUAUGUGAGAAGGGAGGUAGAGACAGCGGCGCGACUCCUUGUGUUCUAACUGAAAGCCACAGUGCCUUGCUCACAGCAACGACCAAGUUGAUUCCCAGCAGUUUUCAUUGUCAUUUGUAAUAAUUAAUUCAGAUACAUCACCUAACUUUUCUUGGUGCUAAUCUCAUGCAGAUUUAUUUCCAUGUCAUUUUGUUUAUCAGAAGUCAGUAAGUGCCAACAAGUCAGAGGUUCCAGGUAAAAUAAUGGUCCAGCUGUGUUUAGUGUGACCUGUAAACACGUGCCGUUAGCGAACUUCGAUGCUCUAACCACCAUUCUACCAGUAACACUGCAUCACAUGUUAGCUUAAAAUGCAGCUACAGGGAUCAGACAGACUAUCAUCAGUGUGUAGACACUGUUCUGCUCUCAUGAUGCAUGUCUUCUCAGGAAAAAGCACAUUUGGUAUUUUUAGAGUAUUUGAAGCCAUUAGGAGGGAUGGGACCAUGUUGUCUUCACUGCAGACACCUGGUGGUGCUCUUCAAAGAGUUGAAGGCUACGUAAUAUAAAGUCUGGGUGAUGUGCAAUAAUCUGAAGUAAUAAAAACACUGAAUGAAUCAGUCAGUGGGGACAGUGAGCUGUGCCCAGCUUUGAUCUUUAGUCUGAGUCAACUGCUCAUCCCUGGUUAACCUUGUCACAUGUUCAGGUCCAUCUACAAUCUCUCUUCCCCUGACCCUCAUCAUGUUGGGUCAAGGUUUCAGUGGCAAAGGAUUAUACGUGGCUUAAUGAGAGUUUGACUCGCAUGUGACAAAUUAGAAAGGUCAGAAAGUCUGAGAAGCUGGGCUGCAGCAAAAAAUUACUCCUGUUACGGAUUAAAGUUGCAAAAUACGACAUGGUGGUAUUUCAUUUGCUUGUUUUGCUCCAAAACCAGGGUUUACAAAAACACAAAGACAUCAGACGACGAAGCUAGAAUAUUUCUAGUUCCAUAUGUGACACAUUUGGAUAAUUUAAAUGAGCAAAACACAGACAUUUAUAGGUUAACACACCUUAACCGUAAACCCUGUUGGGUCAUUCUGUGGUUACAGCAGUGGAGCACACUAAUGGGGAGAGCUGUUGAGUAUGGGUCUGUACCAACUCCAGUCCUGUGUAAGGUUAGAAAUCACAGCUGAGAUGGGUCUUGAACCAUGUUACUACGACUGCUCUUCACACAGGAAGGUGAGAAGAGAGAGUGAGGGAAGAUGAUGAGAAAGUAUUAGCAAUCACUCAAUGAGUCCAGGUACUUUUCAAGCCUGGAGGCUGAUUCUGGCACAAAAGAGGAGAGCAUCACAUAGUAAUGCACAAGAGACUGAAUUCCUUUAUAUAUUUAGAUGCCACUUGAGUUCAUUAAUGAAAAACCGCUAAGGGAAAAAAAACAAGCUUGACUAGCCUGUUUAUUUACACACACUUUUGGACUCAAAGCAGAAAAGACCAUUGGCUAAUAAGAAGUGAUGUGGCCUCAUUCUACCACAUUAUCAGAAUAUACAGUAUAUACAGAGACUAACGGCAGAGGCAGUUUAGACACUGUGGAGGAUGUGCAGAAUGACUGCAGAGGGAUGUACUGAUGUACUGUAAACUAUCAGGAACACACCUUUCAGAGGGUGCUCAGCUUUUUACUUACUAACUAGGUGAUGGUGUCGGUUUUCCUUAUUUUCCUUGUGUACACUUGGCUCUCAUCAGUAUUUAGAGAGCAGCGCUGGACAUGGAAGUUACAGCAUUGUUUUGUGUGCAAUAUUAGUAAAGAUUGUUUUAAAAAUGCAGCUACGCAUGAUCGUAAAGUCUCUAGAUGGAAGGACCCGUAUUUAUCAAACCUGCACCGUCCGCGGAGCCAGAGACACAUUUAUCAAAUGUAAAGUUAAAUGAAAAGAUGCCUUUGCAAAUGAAAAAGCAAUAAUAAGCAACAAUACAGUAACAAUUUAGUCCCACAUGAAUGUGGUUUCAAAGAAACUGACCACAGGCAAAUGACAAGACGACCUUGGAUAAAUGUUCUAACUCCUAAUGUAGCUGUGUAGUAGUAGUUGUACUACACAGGGAAGUCACUUUAAUUAGGGUUAGUUAUUCUUUACCUUCAAUGGUUUGAUAAAAACGGGCCCAUGGAUUAAACCAGUCCAAACCAAACCGCUCACAGUGCCUCCUGGCAAUAUAUUUAUCUGUUAACAGUCUACUCAUAUUUAUUUUGUAGUUAAGUGUAAAUAUUGGUUUAAAGAUGACUUUAAGACAUAUACACACAGCUUUUACCCAGAAUGUUUUUGUGUGCGCUUUGAUGGAGAAAGGACUUUGUGUAAAUGAGGUUGUGGUCAAGGAUGUCAGAUGACAGAAUGUACUGAUUGCAUGUUGUAUAAAGUAUGUCUUUUUCUAUUAAAAUGGCUGAUGUGUU